UCGCCAUCGACGGCAUGAAUACAGGGAGCAAGAAAUGAGAGGGAAAUCAUUUGCAAGAAUCUUUUGAUUUAAAUAAAGAUGUAGGCUAUUUGGACUAUAAACAGUUUCAUGGACCGGGAGAUACACAGCGAGCGAAGACGAACCGUGCAGAAUGCAUACAAUUCAUAACGAAUUGCGCGGUAAACGUUAACAUUAGCGAGCUAAAUCUCAACAGCUUUCUGUUAUAUUCCCAGGCAGUGCUAUCCAGGCAGUAGCAAUAUUGCAUAAUUUAGGCAAAUCAUAAUUUAUUUCUGCUCCGCGUCGGCAACAUCAGUAUUUGGCUGGUUAGCUAACGAGGCAUGCUGUGCUAAAUUCAGUGCGCGAACAUGGACAUGCAUUCUGAAAUGUAUUACGGGGUUAGCUAGUUCUGCACAUUACCCGCCUGUCUCGCAUUCUGGUUGGAAUGGCAUCGUCGACAACGACCACACUCAUCUGCUUACAGUGGGUGCUGCAGUACGUGGUGUGUCGCGACGUCACCCUUCCCUCCGGACCCCUGUACCGGGUGGCAGGGUUCCCCCUGUCGCUGCCCUGUGUGGUUUCGGGGUUCGAGGGCUCGCGCACGCAGGACUUUGAGUGGUUCCUGCACCGCGAGGAUGCAGAGGGCCGGCAGAUCGGCGUGAUCUCCACGCGGGACCAGAGCUUCCCCUACGCCCCCUUCCUGCCCCGCGUGCGCUCCGGGGAGGUGCGGCUGGAGCGGGACGCGGGGGACAGGGUGCGGCUCGUGGUCCAGAGGCUGCGGCUCGAAGACCAGGGCCGCUACGAGUGCUACACGCCCAGCACCGACUCCACCUUCCAGGGCAACUACAGCGCCUCUGUGGUGGUCAAAGUGAUCCCUGACACCCUCCAGAUCAGCCACUCACGCUCUCUGAUUGGCCAGCCGCUGGCGGAGGGCUCUGAGCUGCAGCUGUCCUGCUCGGCCGCUGUCCAAUCGCAGCAGCACACCCACCUGUCCGUCACCUUCGGCGUGCAGGGGGCGGGGCCAGCGGUGGGCGGGGCCAGCCCACGGGAGGUCAUCUCAAUUGGCCGUGAGCUAGCAGUGGCGCCUGGCGUGGGCGGAGACUACAGGCGUCGCUAUGGUGACGGGGAGCUCACCCUGGAGAAGCAGCCGGGCCAGGCGGGCGACCGCGACCUGUACCUGAUGAAGAUGGCGGCCGUCGCCCCCGGCGAUGCGGGGGCCUAUCACUGUGAGGCGUCACAGUGGAUCCUGGAUCCGGAGGGGGUGUGGAAACGGAUCGCACAGCGCACCUUGGAUCUAGGCAACCUGACCGUGCAGCCCCUGGCUGAUUCGCUGACGGUUGCCGUGGUGCCGCGGGGGGAGGUGUGGCUGUCGGCCGGCUCUCCCCUCAGCCUGCUGUGUGAGGUGGGCGGAGUCGGGGCGUGGUCUCGCUCGGCCCUGCUGGUGCAGUGGCUGCAGCAGGGCGGGGCGGGCCCGGGGGGGGCGGAGGUGGAGGUGGCCCGUCUCAGCCCGGACGGGGCGGUCACCUGGGGCGGGGGGCCCAGCAGGGGGGCGGGCAGGGCCCUGGAGAAGGUGGGGGAGGGGCGGUACGCCCUGCGCCUGGUCUCCGCCUACCCGGCCGACGCCGGCGUGUACCAGUGCGCCGUCAGCGUCUACGCCGGGAAGCCCCGCCCCCAGCCCUCCACCCCCCCGACCAUCACCAAGAGGUCAGAGGGGCUGACCGUCCGGCUCAAGACCAAAGAGGUUAGUGUUUCCGCGGUAGCGGAGGUUGCUCGGGGGCCCCCGCUGAAGCGUGGCAGCACGGUGUCCCUGCUGUGUAACGUCUCCGUGACGACCGUGGGCCCCUCCCAGGUGGAGGUGCUGUGGUUGAAGGAGAGGGAGGCUCCGAAGGGGGCGGGGCUAUGGGCGGAGGAGGGGGCGGAGCGCCAGGAGGAGGGCGGGGCCUCGAGGCCUCUGGCCCAGCUGUCAUACGACGGCCUGUCCCGUUCCUACGGCAACAGCAGCGAGGUUAGCGUGGACCGGCUAGCGACGGGAUGCUACAGGCUGCGGAUCCACCAGGCGCAGCCCGAAGACCAGGGGCAGUACGCCUGCCUGGCGGAGGUGUGGGCCCUGGACCCCCACGGGGCCUGGUACAACACAGGGGCUCGGGCGGAGUCUGCCAGCGUGCGCAUCUACCUGUACUCCCGAGCGACGGAUCUCCUCCUCAUUCCGUUGGUGGUGGGCGUGUCCUCUGCCCUUUUGGUGGGCGUGUUCAUCGUCGCCACGGUGACCUGCUGCUUCAUGAACCGAUUGGCCAGGCAGCGCUCUCAGAAGUAGGGAGGAGGAGGAGGACCAGGAG